UUUAACCAUGCAUGCACAGGCCCUGUUGACCAAAUGACCCACAGGACUUACGAAACCGGUGUGGAAGUCCUAGAUGAGCUUCCAAGAGAAGAUUGUGUCUAAUAUUAAACAGUAAAAUCGUGAUGCCACUGCGAUCUGAUAUCAUGUCCUGAUGCAUGCCUGACACAACAUGCUAAGCUUAAGAUGGCUGAAGAAAUUAUCACAGCCUGUCCAGCAGGCUAUUACAAAAAGUGGGAAAGUGAUAUUUGGCAAAAAGUGUUUGCUUGUGACUAAUGUCACUAUUACUGUGGGAAUGUCAUGCACCGGAGACUUCCUGCAGCAGCGGUACCAGAUAAAGACAAAAGAAACAAACGCCAUGAAUUUGACUCGAAGCAGACAUGUGGCAGCAUCAGGACUAGUGAUAGGUCCGUUCUGCCAUUACUGGUAUCUCUUUUUGGACAAAUGGCUUCCUGGCAAGACUUUAAAAAUUGUUCUCAAAAAAGUUAUGGUUGACCAGGUGAUUUGCUCACCAAUCUACAUUUCCUUGUUCCUAGUAACAACGUGCAUGCUGGAGAAAAAGUCUUGGAACGAAAUCAAAGAGGAGACCACUAGUAAAGGUGCUACCUUAUACAUGGCGGAAUGGAUUGUGUGGCCACCUGCUCAGCUUUUCAAUUUCUUGAUUUUGCCGACACGAUUCAGGGUCUUAUAUGACAAUACAAUAUCUCUUGGAUUUGAUUGUUAUUUCUCACGUGUAAAAUAUGGAUGUGAAAAAAAUGAAGAUCCAAAAUGAAAAAGUAUUUGAUGCCAAAAAAAGUCACUUGCUGCCUUGCCAGAACAAAAAAAAAUGACAUUCACCCCUAAACCGACGUUCACCCAUAAACUGACAUUCACCCACCCAUAGACCAACAUUCACCCACCUGUAGACCGACAUUAACCCAAAGGCUGACAUUCACCCAUAGACCGACAUUCACCAAUAAACCGACAUUCACCCAUAGACCGACAUUCACCAAUAAACCGACAUUCACCCAUAGACCGACAUUCACCUAUAAACCGACAUUCACCCAUAGACCGACAUUCACCAAUAAACCGACAUUCACCCAUAGACCGACAUUCACCAAUAAACCGACAUUCACCCAUAGUCCGACAUUCACACAGAGACCAACAUUCACCCACCCAUAGACCAACAUUCACCCAUAGACCAACAUUCACCCACCCAUAGACCAACAUUCACCCACCCAUAAACCGACAUCCUCCCAUAGACCGACAUUCACCCAUAAACCAACAUUCACCCAUAGACCGACAUUCACCCACCCAUAGACUGACAUUCACUCAUAGACCAACAUUCACUCAUUCACCCAUAGACCAACAUUCACCCACCCAUAGACUGACAUUCACUCAUAGACCAACGAUCACUCAUAGACCAACAUUCACUCAUUCACCCAUAGACUGACAUUCACUCACCCAUAGACUGACAUUCACUCAUAGACCAACGAUCACUCAUAGACCAACAUUCACUCAUUCACCCAUAGACCAACAUUCACCCUCCCAUAGACAGACAUUCACCCAGAAACCGACAUUCACCCAUAGACUGACAUUCACCAAGAAACCGACAUUCAACCAGAAACCACAUUGUCUAUCUUCAGUCUCCAGAGAGUACUAUCCAACAUUAAAUGUAAUAAUAUAUCUUUAAAUAAAUGACAUUGAAAAUAGACUUGUAACAGAAACAGGAAGCUACAAAAGCAUACCUUUAUAAAAUACAGGUGACACAAUAAGAUACAUUAUCACCUGUAAAUGUAUAUUCCAGUGUUAACAAACAUCAAUAUGUCAUAAAGUUUCACCAAUGAGUGGGGGUUGGAUGAUAAUGGCUGUCAUUAUCUAGCUUGAGUAAACCUUGUUUAUACAAUAGGGAAAUAGCUAACUCUAGUUAGAUAAACAUGAUAACCUUUCACCAUGUGUUGGAGAAUCUGCUUCUACUUAGAACCUUCAUAUUAUGUCAGGAAAGCAAAUUUUUAAGAAUGAUUCUAUUUCCAUUCCCUAUGGGCCAUCAUCUGAAUUUAUCAUGCAUCAAUUUUUUAAACUCCAUGAGGUACUUGCCAGGUGUCCCUAAUAUGGAGGGAGAUUGAUUUGUCAUCCUCGCUUUUAACUUGUCCAGUCGAUAUGUUGUCUUGUCUUGCUUUUUGUCCAUAUUCAAUGAAUACAUGUACAAACAAAAGAUGUCAGUUUAUUUGAUCAAAUAGAAGUCUGUAUAUGUACUUUUAUACAAGCUGAGAUGUUGCCACACAGUGUUAUAUAUUAAAGAAUUUUAAAGGUUGAUGAAUAGGUAACCAUGUCAUUGCAUGCUCCCAAUAACCUUCAAUCAUUUAGAACAAAGAAUUAACAAUGUUCUUGUUGUAUGUAAUAUUUACAUGUCACUGUGUCAAUCUAAUGUCAUUCUAGAUAAUAUGACUCUGCAAUAAGUGUUUCAUGUAUAGCAAGGGUAAGUACAUGUAUUACCCAAAAAGGAAUAUGUAAAGUUAUUUUUAAUUCCUAUGAUUUUAGUGUGGGUGUUUGAUAUUUGAUUGAAGAUGGCAUCAACAUGUUCACUGAUGUGGAAAUAUAUAUGUAUAUCAUGACCAAAAUACAUUUGUUGUUUGGCAAUUUAUUGAAACAAUAAUUAUGUAUGUUUUAACUUACUGAAGUUUUAAUACCAUUGCUUAUUGAAUAUUUUUUAAAGUGCGUGAAUUUUGCUAUGACAACAAAAUUAAAGCAAGCCAUCGAAUGAUUGACACUACAACAGUGAGACCAAACCGAUUCCAUAGCACUAAGUCUUUCUAUGCCUAAGUUUUGUUUGAUUUUGGUAUCCAUUAUUACAUGGCAAGUGUCCAUGAACAAUAAGCUCAAUAAGGUUGUGGUGAACUUAAUUUCAGUGGUUUCCCUUUAAAAACUGCAGGAAUCAUAGCUCACAGGUCUGAUCACUAUUUUUUAUAUAUUGGUUUUUUUUGUUUUUUUUUGAUGGGGCCUAAUUUGAGCCAUAGUUCAUGCACAGCAGCAAUCCUGAAUUAAAUUUUGCGAUGUUUUGAGGAGUGAAAACUAUACCACAUAUGAAAAUAUAAGAAAUAUCUCACAUAUUCAAGUGGUAACUGCACUACCUGGUAAUUUUUUAAUGAUUCAACAGGAAACCAGGAAAGUUUCUAUAUUCAUUACAUGUGUAACCAAUUCUGUUGGUUAUCUCUAUGUUAACCAUCCAUAAUAAUUUGUGAACCGCUUUGAGACGACCUACGAACUAGGUUGUGAUAAAGCGGUAUAUCUUGAAUUAUUAUUAUUAAUUUAUUAUUAUCAUCAAGCGUUGACAUGCUAUUCUAGUUGUAAUGCAUUAACAGCAGUAUAUACAUACAGCAUUUUGAUAUUUCCCUGUUUUUUUUUAUAUGUGGCAUAUACUAGUAAAUAUAGAAUGAUUCCACUUUCGAUUCCAAGGCUUCUUGGGUUCAACCUUGUCUUAAAGUGUACAAUUACUAUAUACAUCCACAAACAUACAUUUUCCCCAUUUCGUUAAUUGAAUGAAGAGCAUAAAAACAUGUAAAGUGAUUAGGACAGUCUAUAUAGAGCUACAUGUAACAGACCCAAACUGAGUCUGAUUUUCCUACGGGGUCAAAACACUUUAAGGGACACAUUCUGGUAUGGUCAGCGUCUGUCCAUAGUUUGGUUUCCGC